AAAAAAAGGCGGUUGUGUUUUGAUGGUGGCUGCGGAGGCUGUCAGCUGACGGGUCGGGGCGGUGAUGGAGGGCCGCGCAGCCCCCGAGCCCCUCCCGGAAGGCGCCUGUGGAAUGUCCAGAGCCAGGCCUGCUCCUUGGGAUGAGGAUGCCUAAUCCCAGAGCUGCAUUCCAGGAUAAGGUAGUGGGGGGUGGGGAGAGGCUGCCCCGGGGGAGGGGCAGGAAGGAGGGCUAUAAGGGCUGCAGCCGUCGGGGCGGGAACCAGCCAGGCCAUGGCGGAGGUGCCCGGAGCCCAGCGCUCGGUUCUCGCUGGCGGCCCAGAGCCCCGGGAUCCCCUGGAUUGCUGGGCCUGCGCAGUGCUGGUAACGGCCCAGAAUCUGCUGGUGGCCGUCUUCAACCUCCUCCUGCUGGCGCUGGUGCUGGGGACCAUCUUGCUACCCGCUGUCACCAUGUUAGGCUUCGGCUUCCUCUGCCACUCCCAGUUCCUGCGCUCCCAGGCGCCCCCCUGCACGGCGCAUCUGCGGGACCCAGGCUUCACCGCCCUGCUGGUCACUGGAUUCCUGCUGCUGGUGCCGCUGCUGGUGCUGGCCCUGGCCACCUACCGCCGCCUCUGCCUGCGCCUCCGCCUGGCCGACUGCCUUGUGCCCUACAGCCGAGCCCUGUACCGGCGCCGGCACAUCCCACAGCCGAAGCAGAUCCCGGCCUCACCAGGGUCCCGGGCUGUUCCCACACCGGGGAAGGUCUGGGUCUGAGGCGCGUGGAGUCAAGCAUCCUGUCGCCUGAGGACUUACAGGAAGCCCAGGGCUGUUCUGCCCAGCCCUGCUCCUCACCACUGCCUGAGUCAGGUCCCAGCAUCUCUUCGGUGGAACGGCAGCACCUGUGGACCCAGGGGAACAUCCUCGUGCCCCAGAAAACCCAUCCACAUUUGAAUCCUGACCGUUUGGGCUGGACCCUGCACAUCUCUCCCUCCUCUAGCGUCAACAGUUGAGCUGGACUUCGUGCCUUCCUUUGCUGGUGCAGCUCCUCUGAUAUUUACGAGACUGAGGGGCAGGGCUAGAGAAGACACCAUCACAAAUAAAAAAAAAAAACAAACUUAUAAAACGAAUGCGCUCUCUGAAUUCAGGGGUGGCACAUACACAGUGGCCCCUGCCCAGGGCUCGGGAGGAGGACGCGUGGGCAAAGCAGAGCUUCU